UAGACAAGGCAUUAAGAAAAUAGGUCUGUACUCUGUAUAACAGAGAGCUACGUUUUGUACCUACCUAGGUAGGUACUUCAUGUAAACCUGGAACAGCUUGAAAAUUUGUUCGAUGUAGUGAUGAUGCUUCUCAAUACUUCCCGCGGAUAUAAUAAUUGAUGUUCCCUAUCUUCGGAUAAAAUUUGAAGUGAUUAAAUUUUUGUGACAUAAUAUUGUUUGUGUCGUUCAGCAAAAAAAAUAAACGCAACAAUAGCGUGGGCGUGGAAAUUUACCAUAAUUGCAUGGUAUCUAAACACAGUUUUAGGUUUUGGUGCUUCUACGGCGCUCCUGGGUACCUACCAUGUUACCAGUGCCUUCACUGGUACCAAUAGGUACAUAAAAUUUUGUCCAACCCAAUGUAUACGUGACGCUGUUUAUUAUUAUGAGAUUUAUCAAAUAAGUGCUGUGGACUAUGUGAGUGAUUGGACAAGAGUUUAGAAUUUUGCUUGAAUAUCGAUAGCAAACGCUUGGCAUAUCAAGCAAAACUAUAGAUAUUUCUACGAUGCGUUUGUGUUUCUAUUAGCGAGAGAACAAUUGCUGGCAGAAUGGACGACGACGGAGACGACAAAGAUGACUCAAAAAGGAGGACACGUAACUUGAGCGAGAAGAAGCGGCGAGAUCAGUUCAAUAUGCUCGUCAAUGAGCUGAGCUCUAUGGUCUCGUCCAACAAUAGGAAAAUGGACAAAUCCACAGUCCUUAAAGCUACAAUUUCCUUUCUGAAAAAUCACAAUGAGAUAACAGUGAGGUCGCGAGCACAUGAUGUGCAAGAAGACUGGAAACCUGCAUUUCUUUCAAAUGAAGAAUUUACCUUUUUAAUUUUAGAAGCUUUGGAAGGAUUUGUCAUGGUAUUUUCGGCCAGUGGACGAAUCCAUUAUGUCUCUGAAAGCAUAUCAUCGCUCCUUGGCCACAAUCCAGAGAGUCUGCUCAACCAAAGCAUUUUCGAUCUGACCUUCGAAGACGACAGGCCAAGCUUAUACAAUUUGCUGCAAAACCCGACGGCAUCUGCGGAACCCAUGCAGGGAAUUAAUAACGAAAACGAAAUUAGAUUCCAAUGCCAUCUGCGCCGGGGUACCCUGGACUUCAGAGAUGAAACGACCUAUGAGCUGAUCCAAUUUAAUGGCCACUUUAGAAACAACAUGGAUCAAGUGGAUAGAGAUGCAUACCAGCAAGACCGCGAUUCACGUUUGCUCUUCGUGUGCACCGGCCGCUUGUACACUCCGCAGCUUAUCCGGGAUGUUUCCCUGAUCGACACCAACCGGAAUGAAUUCACAUCCCGGCAUAGUCUUGAGUGGAAAUUCUUGUUCCUGGACCACCGCGCGCCUCCCAUCAUAGGAUACCUGCCGUUUGAAGUACUCGGCACGUCUGGAUAUGACUAUUACCACUUCGACGACUUAGAGAAAGUCAUGACUUGUCAUGAGGCUUUGAUGCAAAAAGGCGAGUUAACGUCGUGCUACUAUCGGUUUCUCACGAAGAGCCAGCAAUGGAUCUGGCUGCAAACUCGUUUCUACAUCACUUACCACCAGUGGAACUCCAAACCGGAGUUUGUGGUGUGCACGCAUCGUGUCGUCAGCUACUCGGACAUAGUGAAGAGCAUGAAAGAGGAAGGGGUCGAAGCGGAGCCGGCCAACGAGGCGGACGCGAAUCCAGCGAUGAAGGACACGCCCUCCGAAGAUAUGGUAGCAAUGUCCCCUUUGUACAUGUCAGAGGUCAGCGACGCGUUCGCGUACCAACACAUGUCACAGUCGGCGUCAGUGAAGUCUGCUUCGGCGGGUAGUACUACUGGCACCGUGGCGACAACGAACACGGCAGCCACCGCCGGCGCUUCCUGGACCCGCACGUCGCAUUCCCGGUACGCUCCCGGUUCAGACACGGGAUCUUUGUCGGGUGAUUCAAGGUCGUCCCAGAGAAACAGCUCCAGGGAAAUGAGCACGGCGCAAAAGUCCCUGGAGCCGGCCCUGGUGCCCCAGCACGAGAUCGGGGCACAGUAUCUGAAUCCCGCUCCGUACGUAAGCGCGGUUGGCGUCCCUGGAUUGAUCCCACACCCAUUGCCACCGUUGCCCGUGUUGCCGCCCCUCCCAGUGUUGGUCUCGCCUGAUCAGGCGCAGUUGCAGGAGCAGCUCCAGAGGAAACAUGAGGAAUUACAGCAGAUGAUCGUGCAACAGCAGGAAGAGUUGAGGCAGGUCAAGGAGCAGCUUCUGCUGGCCAGGCUUGGUAUGUUGCAGCCGAUUAUAAACGUUCCAAGCCCGUAUAUGACGGCUGAAGAGCUGCAACAAAACCAGCAGCUGGCUCAUAUUGUUUACGAAGCGCCUGCCUCCCGCCCCUCCUCUGUUGCCUACCCUCCUCAACAUCCCCCACACAACAAUAACAACAAUAUGCAACAGUGAAACAACAGUUGUUCAACAAUCUGAAUUGCUAUGCAAAACAAAAUUAGGUACAAAUAUUUUCAGACUUAUAUUGUUUAAAAAUUGGAUUUACAGUGUAGUAUCUGUAGGAUACUUUGAAAAGCUAAAUUAGCUCUUAAAUAUUUGUACUUAAUCCAUACGGAUUGUAUGUAUUCGUCAUUAUUGUCUCCUAGUCGUAACUUGUGCCUAAAUAAGGCAUUCCUUUAUUGUCUUUACCAUGGGCGCAUGUAAAUAUUGAGUAGAUUCUAUGUGUUUCAAUUAAAUGCAGUUAAACAAUAUAAUAAUACUUUAAAUACUUAAGUUAUAUCAUUUUAUCUAAAGUAACGAAAAUUAUAUUAUAUCGUUUGGAUAUACGUAAGAUAAACUAAUGGUCAGUGAAUCACACAUAUCAAUGUGGUUCUGUUUGCGGUUAAGCGAGAAUUAACCAGGACGUAAAUUAAGACAAAAAAUAAAAUGUGCCAAUAUUGUCCACAGUCUCAGCGUUAUACAUUUUGUAUAUUUGUAUAACAAAUGUCAUUUUUUUUAAAUAAUCGAGAGACUCGCAGUACAUUUUUUAAAAUUAAUGUCUAGAUUUUUGACUAGAUUCGUGAGUAAGUAGCUGUAAUGAGAAUGCAGUUGAUAUUCUGCUUAAAUUUUAAUAAGUACGUCAAAUACCAUAAAUGUUUGAUGUUACUAGAUCAAAUAGGGUGUAUGUUAAAUUCAAAAUGGUUCGUGUUGAAGGUAAUGUUACUGAUUUUCAUUUUCAUACUUAAAAAAUAAUAAUUUGAAGGAUAUUAUUAUCAUAUAGCUACACUGUUGAAUACACGAUUAAAUAAAAAUACUUAAAGAUUCGUCUAGAGUACAUACAUGAUUUACUAAAAACAACCCCUAUUUUUGAGUACAUUUUACUUUAACAUCGUUUUGUUACUUUACUAGGAGUUUAUUUUCGAAGGCUGUGCAAUCUACAUAUAUAUUAAUUAUUUUUUGUAUUUAAAUUAUAUAAAACCAUUGUAAGUUAAAUUAUUUGUUUUUGUGCAGUGUUGAUAGUUUUACAUCUUCAUCUAUUCUAUUUAUACUUUAUUUCCACACAAAUUUUAUGUUGUCUGUGAUCUGUCAUAUAAUAUAGAUAGAAACGAGUUCUUUUAUUUAGAAUUCGGAGGCACAAUAUAUAGGUUUAUGAAAAUUAAGGGUUCUGUGCCAUCAUAUUUAUUAUGGACACAUUUCAGUUGUAAAAUUGAUACAUUUUUACCUGAUCUCUUUAUGAAGUGUAAAUAUUAAUAUCGCUUUUAUCCGAAUUUUAAUAUUACAGGUCAUUCUUAAAUGUAGAUAAUAAAUGUUUUGUAAAAUACUAUUCGCGUAGGAUAAGAUUAGAUGGACAUAAACAAUCUUAUCCCAUAAUUAUUGUGCAAUCAUUCGGAUAUCGCUUCAGGUUUUAUGCCUGCUUGACAAGAUAAUAUAUUCGACAGGCAGGGACCAAUUUCAAUUAUUUUAAUGUUCAUAUUUAUUUUUUAUUAAGAUAAAAACGAUCGAUAUUAUUUCAAUGGCUUUUAAACAAUAUUUAUGCCUCUUAAGAUGAAAUGAAUGAAUGGGGAGCAAGCAUUGUUCAUUAUUUUGAAAAAAAAUACUUGUAAAUCCUUUUUUCACGGAGAAGCAACAUGCACAAAAACUAUUAAUGAAAUAGGUAGAUCUACAUUUAUAUAUAAAAUUCGAACUUAAAACGCGAAGUGGCGCUAUUGAUGACGUCAUACGUUUGUAAAAAGUUUUCUUGAAUAAUAAAGUACAUUUUUAUAACAAAAGUACAACUAGGUAAAUUUUUGACUUAAGACCUGCUAUUAAGUUUGAAAAAUAUCAGCUUGAAUUGAAUGUUGUGACUACAUUUUUCGGUUCUUCUCAUACAUUCUUACCAUCACGCCUAUUUCCCAUUGGGGUAGGCAGAGACUACGGAAUCUUAAUUUCUUAAUGUGCUUCUCAAUUUUACAGUGCACUUUUAAACAAUAAUUCUAUUAUAAAUUUUUUAUGAUGUUUCCCCAUUAUAAUAAUUAGGGAGGUUUUGUUAUUUUUGUUACUGUUAAGUUAAAAUUAUAUUUAGUUAACAUAAUUGUAGAUAAAUGGAUAAUAAAUAUUUUCUAAAGAUGUGAAGUGUGCAAUGCUAUCAUAUAUUUUUAAUAUAUUUUUUUAGGACGUUGGAUUUUUUACAUUGCGUGUAUUUAUAAAAUGGCCAAAGAUCUUCAUUAGGGUGUCUUAAAAAUAUAUGAAGAUUACCAUUUUUAUUUUAAAUCAUUAUUUAAUGUAAUAAUGCUUGCUCAGUACUUGUACUAUUCAAUAGUUGUGUUUGUUAAGACAUUAUCUAUACUACCAAUUCCCUAGCCUGCCUAACAACAAGCAUGAAAUUAAAUGAAACAAAACAUUGGGAAAAAUCUGCGGUGAAUGUGAACGGGGUAAACAAAAUAGAAAUUUGAAUUUGUCAGAAUAUUGUGUUCUGUGGAUAGGUGCGCAUGCAUUUUGUGUAAAACAUGAACCAUCAUUUAGUUUAUAUAAAGUUCAUUUGGUGCGGUGAUAACAAAAAGCUCUUAUAUCGACUGAAAGUUUUAUGUUAGUUUUGUAAACGGAGUACCUGAUAUUUUUCAUUAUUUGCUUCAUUUUCAUCAACAUUGUUUUCGACUUCCAUAGAUAUUAUUUAAUAAAAUACAAAUCAAUUAUUUAAUUCAUGUUUUUAGGAAAUUGCCAAAUAUAUUAUUUGGUCGUUCCCUUUUUCUAUGGAAUUCAGCCCAUGUUUUAACAUAAUAAUAUUUAAAAGUAUAUUUAUGUUUCACAUAUUUAUAUAAAUUAUUUAAAUCUGUUACCUAUGUUGAUUGUGUUUUAGUAAAAUUUAUUUGUAAUUUUAUCUCACAGGUCUGUUUGUUCUUUUUUGAGCGUUCAGAUCAGAUUAAAUGAAUGUUAGGUUCGGUAUUAUUUCACCGGGUGUGGAUUUAACUAGUGUUAUUUGAUGAGUUAUAAGUUAUUUGAUAUGAAGCAGCAGUUCUGUACGCGGCAAUACCUAAGUACCUGCAUGUAACAUUGUGAAUGUCAAAAAUGUCUUGCCAUCAUGUGCCAUAAGCUGUAUGACGCAUUUUUAAGCGCCCCCUGUACUUAGGGUAUUAUUCCAUUUUAUGAUGAUUAGGAUCUGAUUAUCAUCAAUUGGAAUGUACAAAUGAACUGCAGAAAUAUAUGUGAAGAUAAGAGGAUGUCUAUAUAUAUACGUUUUACUAUGUAUUUGUUCAUCAUAUUUAAAUACGGCGGCUGUUUUUGUGUUUCAGAGGUACCAAUUGUUUGUAAAUAUAGAAAAUUGUAAUAAAUAUGUAUAUUUAAUUUUGCGGACGACCGGACAUAUCGAGGUGGUGGUAUUUUAAACUUAUUUAACUUUUAAUCAAAUUCUCGAUGUCCCGUCGUCCGCCCUUUAUAGAAUUUAUGUAAAUUUUAUUUUAGUUUUGUUGUAUACAAGUUUAUAAAGUUUGUUUUUAUUUGAUAAUAACUUGCCAUAUAAUAUGAAUUUUGUUUUAGAUAUCUGUUUUUGACUAUCGUACCAAAUAAGUGACCAAUGAUAUUACAAUGAGGUGUUCAUGCCUAUUAAAUAUAUACAAGCAGGAGAUUAUAUAGAACCCUGAAAUCGAUUCUGGAUGAUACUUUACAUUGUAGAGGUCUAAGGGCGAUUCAUGAUAAGCAUAGAAACCCGAAUAAUUAUAUGAUUCGGAUUUCUGAUGCCAUUAUUAUUUUCUUAUGCGCAUCGCGCGAUUGAAGUUUAUCAGCAAGAUCAUAAAAAUACUUCUUUCUGCAUUCUCCAUAUAUAAUGUAAGAAGAAAGCUAUCUGUAUUCCAUCAAUUUAUUUAGAAUAAUUUUAUAUCGUUUUAAAUAUAUUUUUUGUUUGUUUUUAAAUAACAUUUUAACUCAAAACGUCACAGUUUUUCAUUGAGGAUUCGUGCUGUUUUAACGGCAUCUUGGAGUGUUAUCUUCAAUCCAACUCUUAAGUUUGAAAGUGUUUAUACGAGAUAAAACAAAACAUCACACAGUGGAACCAUUUGAUUUCGAUUUGAAUAAAAUAAAGGAUUUGCAGAAAGAAAUAUUUUUACGCAGUAGUAGGCAUGAAGUAAUUUCAAUUUGUAUGUUAGCAAGUAAUUUAAAUUAACACAUUACAUAACUGUCAAGUCUAAUAAAGAUAUGCCAUAAGGUUAACACAGACAUAAUAAACAGGAUUGAUUGGUUGUCGUCUUGUCGUUGAUUUUAUAUUUCUAUCGGAUUAGAACGUAUAGCACCAUAGAAAUAUGAACAAAUUCAGAAAUCUAUGCUUAGCUCUAAUGUUAGGAGCGCCUAACAAAAAUCGCUGCAUACAUCAUUAAUAGAUUCAGGCACACACGCACUUAGCUUCAGUGUUAAUUUUUAGAAAUGUAUGUGCCGAUAUUUUUAUCAGCGGAUCAGACACAUCAAGGCCACGUCUAAAGUACUGCAUAGAUUUUUCUUUAUUCGGUUAGCUCAAAAUUCGUUACAUAACGUAAAUGCUGAUAGUUCUAGUUCUUCAUAGCGACUCCCUUUCAUUCUGAGGCCGGUUCAUUUACCUAGGCAUUUAUUUCAUUUGUGUGUCUGUGAUAACUUUAUCAGAAAUCAGAUUUUUGUGCUAAUGAAGCUGGUCGAUUAUAAUGCUGUAGGUCAUAGUAUCAUUAGAUUAAAUGAUUGUUGCUAUUCUGCGUUUGGCAUUAACCUUGUUACGAAAUGACGAAAUUUUAUCGGUACUAAAUUUACAGACGCGCUGCAGCAGUGAAUCUCGUCGUUUUUCAUAUGUAUGAUAGUAGCAGUUAUUGUUCAAUCAAUGAUCGCUUUUAAUUAAAAUAAUCAAUUGAAAUGUAUUUUAUUAGUUUUGUUGUUACUUUUUCACAUUCUAUCUACUUAAUCGUCCGGAAAGAGCUUUCGAAAAAUGAGCAUUGAACAAUGAUUAUAAUAUUACCAUACAAAUGUAAAGCAUGGAUUUGCUUUUUUCUGAGUCUUAUAUUCUAGUAUCGGUUAUAUAUCGGUUUCUGUAACGUUGCGGUCGGUACUAUAGGGUAAAUGGAAAGGAUACAGGGUAUUGCCAAAAAGGAAGUUUGUGAAGUGAUAUUGUAAGUAGAUUAUUACUAGAUUAAAGCUUAGUUGAACUUAGCAUGUAAGAUAAUAAAUUGGAAUGAUUGAAAUAAAGAAUGGAAUCAUC